AUGGAGAAUCUUUUGUUGAUGAGCGUGCCCGAGCUGUCCAUAUAUCAAGAAAUAUUACGGGAAAAAUCACAGUCUCAGUCUGAUAUUGAUCAAUGUGAAGCAUAUUACGAAGCUGCUGGAGGAACAAGGAAGAGAAGAAUAUAUGGUCUUGGAUCUCAAGCACAAAGUUAUUAUGGGCCGAAUCUUUGCGUCAAUUCUGGCUUUAAUGCUUCAGUAUCAGCAGCACCUUCAACUUCUCAAUCAGCACCGACAGAAAAUAUGGAGGAGUUAGUGAUGCGAUUGAUUCCUACACUGACAGAUCGCUUGCUUCCUUUAUUUAUUGAGAAGGCACGUGGAGUGAUUUCUUCACCAUCACAUCAUCCAAAUACUCCUAUCGACAAACCAUCAGUUGUGACACCCAUAGUGCCUCCUCCUACUACUGCUAACGUUAACGAUGUUGAUCCUUUAGUUUCUGAUGAUGAUCGUAGUCCUUCACCCAUGCAUUAG